CCUCUUCGCGCCUCUAAAUGCGGAAGUUGCUCUAAACUGCUUCCACCCGGUCAGAGUGAUCCUCCACGCCAAACAACACACAGCAAAUAAUCCUCUUACGCAGUUUUACCAACCGGAGAUUGAACCCAUCGACAUGCAUAUUAAAACAGGUACCUGGGAGUCAAAUAAUGCCGUGUGCGAGGCGGACACGCUGUGUGACCCCGCUGUGCUCGUCUCUCCUCCGCAACCCGAGCCACACAUCCGGAACCGGCGGCUCUCCCCUGGCUCUGGCAGCUGUGGCGGAGGUGGAGGUGGCUGUGCUGCCAGAGUGGACACCCUUCCCCCUCAUCAGACGUCGACCAGCCCAAAUCGUGAAGGAUCUUCACAUGGAACUGCUCUCGCACAACCCUUGAACAGGGAGCACAGGGUGCAGAACAGGGGCAGAGGUCCUCGGCGUGAGGGAGCCAGUCAAAAACUCCAUAAAUCCUCCCAGGCACAGAAAGAGAGGUGGAUGGGAGAAACGUUGUCAUCGCUCAGACCUCCUCCCGCUUUCCCGGUGAAGGACAGCCCUGCCAAGCUGCAGCCGACGGUCAGUUAUGCCUCCAAAGUGAAGGCGGGAGGAAACAACGGGGGCGUUGCUGAAGAGCCACCUGGCAUCGGGGCGCUUCUGCAGAAUCAGUGGGGACUCAGCUUCAUCACCGACAGUCCGGCGAUGGAGAACUCCGCUUCGGUCGCCGAAGAGGUUACAGAUCGGAGUCCACCUGUGACCGUUCAUCACGGUUCUGGAAACUCUGCGGCUUUGCCGAACAAGUGCUUGAAGCAGCCUGAGGAUUCUGCACAGCUGCUGCUCACCUGUCGCCAUCUAAUGGAAGCCGUGCGAUAUCAUACGCAAGAAUGGAGUGCAGUCUUCAGGAAACAAAAACAAGAUCCCGUGAAGGUCGUCUGGUACACAGACUCGUCAUAGCAGCUCGCACGGCACACUUGGGCUAAUUCACCCUCAUACACUCGUACAACACACACACACCUUCAUACUCUCUCUAGCACACUUGCAUUCACACACACACACACACAUACACACCCUACUCUUUGCACUCAUCUUCACCCCGAAUUCCCCCUCCCCAUGUGAAGAAAGAAACGUCUCCGAUGCAUGGAUGCCUUAAAACUUAACGUGUGGUGUGGAGACACAUCAUCUUCCACACAUCUUUUAUUUUAUCAUGGUGGAGAACACUGUUUACUUUUUAUAAAAUAUCUUUAUAAAGAUCCGGGAAUUUUAUUGUAAGGGGCAAAAAUUUUACUUUACCGUAGCUUUUCAGCCCCAGCGUUUUCCUCUUUCUCCCCCGCUUCAUAAAGUGCGCCUGUACUCACAGCGAAGACCUCCAUCUCUCCGGAACCGGCGUCAUUUUAUAACUUUUUUUUUUUUUUUUUGUGCGUUUACAUCCCAAACCUAUCGUGCGUAUGCCUUUACAUGGGCACAGCUGGCACAUCAGUCCUCCUAAUUUCCGUUCUCAGUGCUGUUUUUAAAGUCUUUCCACCCUAACAUGAAUGUAAAAUGUACAAUAGAGAUCUUUUUAAAGGGGCACUGGAAGAGAUUUAAGUGAAGUGUUAAAAUAACAGAAUAAAAGCAAAGUAUAAAACCAUUGUCUAUAUUUUUUAUUAUUACUAAAUGCAGACAAAUGUACUUACCGAAAAACAAGUGGGGGAACUCAGGUUAUCUUGCUACCUUUUUUGGUUUUGAACCUUGUUUUACUAAAAUUUUAUUAAAAUUGUUUACAGUUACUUCAAUUUUCAAAUUUCCGGUUAUUUUAUUUUUUUUUUCCCUCCCCGAGUAGAUCGGUGUUGAAGUUGGCAUUUUAAGUGAGUAGUCACCUUUUUAAGCAAAGAAAUAAAAAAAAAAAAAAGAAACCUUUUUAUUAAAUAUAGAAGUGAUGUGUCCUGUACAUGGCUCUGUAAUCUCUAAUAUGUGUAUUGUUAAAGCUACUGGAUGUAAGAGUAUUAUUAUUAUUAUUAUUAUUAUUAUUAUUAUUAUUUUAUUUUUUAGAAAUACUAGAACCCGGUGUCUAGGCUUGUCUUGGCUUUUUUACAGCUUAACUUCUCCAGUGUCACUUUACAUUUCUCCACAUACGGUCGUUGAAUCAUGGGUUAAUUUCUGUUCUGUAAUGUUUUGCUGUAUGUGAGAUGUUCUCAAGUGUAUCUGUUUUAGAUACUGAAUCCAAAAAAAAAAUAUCGAUGAGUAACUACAAUCUUCGAAGCAACAAGGUUUCCCUAAGGUCUAAAGUGGCGUACGAUCCAACCACAACUCUAAAAAUGUUUUGAUUUGGUUAUUUGUUGAUGACUUAAUAGGGAAGAAAAUAAACUCAGGAACUACA